GCGAUAUUUGCGAUUAUCGAGCAAUGGUGGUUGCUUUGCUGUUGACCUCAAGAGCUUCAACUGUAGUCAGUGCGUUUUAUUUUAGUGUAAUUGACUGGCUUUUACUUAAUAUUACUGGAUUACAGUGCAAAAUGGUUCUAUAUGUAUCAUAAAUCAAACAAUGUAACACUAACAGUGCCUACUGAAAGCUGGAUGGUCGAUUGCGAUUAUGUGUUUGUUGUGAGGAUACAUUGCAAAUGUAAGCAGUAAGGAGGUGAUUACACAGAACUGAUUUUAGUUGGAAGCAAUAUUAAACUGCCAAAAUGUUGUAUGUUUUCCAUGUGGAUGCUGGUCAGAUGACCACAUAUGACAUGAAUCUCACGCUGCAGAGUGUGUCAAGUUUAAAAGCAGCGAUUGAAAGAAAGACAAAAAUAGCGGCAAGCUCCCUUGUUCUCCUCGUAAGUGGGGGGGAGGUGCUGCAGUCCGACCACAUGGUGUCUUCAUACAGUGCCGGCACAGACACAAAUCCCAUAUACAUGUUUAGCAAACCAUCGGAGAAGGAGAGCCAUUUGAAGCAAUCCAUGUACAGCGACCUUAGUCCAAUAGUGGAGCUAAGUUCAGGCGAGUUCCGGAGUGACACCCGAAGCGGAGUGGAGGGGAAAUCCCUAGCGGAGCUGAAAGCGAACGUUGACAUGUGUUGUUCACUUCAGCCGACCGUCAACACUGUGAUAAAGUGCGCGACGCUUGCGCAGCAGUUCAGUGAUCUCGCCCACGAUGUUUCCAAGAGCUGCGAUCAGUUGGUGCAUGAACAGCAUUUGCAGCAUCAGGGUUGGUCGGCGGUUGUGGCGAAUUUAGAAGACAUAUUCAACGAAUUCUGCGAGAGAUCUAGAAAUUUCAAAGAAUCAUUCAGAAAACAUCGCUUAAAAAAAGACGAGUACCACGAACAAUUGACUGCUCUCAACGAAGUGUUAGAAUCUUUAGGCAAGAUUCCAAUUCUGCCGGCUCUCCAACUGAACGCGGAGGCGCACCGGUUCUCGGCCUUCGACGUGUUUGAGGAGACAGACUUCGAAGGUCAAUAUUAUAGGAUAAGUCAGCCCUUAGAUGGGUCGGAGAAGACGAAUCAAGACUUUGGAGUAGAGGCGUUCAAAUUAUCGGAAGAGGAAGAUGUGUUCGGCCAUAAAGACGCAUCAACAAGCAAAGGCGCCGAGCAUGCGCCAGCGCCCGCCGAGCCCAUCGAGGAGUCCGACGAAGGGGUCACGUUCAAAGCCCACUCUUAUGAAAACAAGGAGGAACCUACCUUACUACACUGGAUAUUGGCUCAGGGCAACAAGGCUUCGUUACAUGACAUUUUAGAUUACUGCCAAAAAGGAUUGGCACUGAUUGACGCAGAGCCUCUCAAAGAAUUGGAAGAGGAGCUAUGCAACGUGCUAGAAUACGCCAAUGUGCACGGCCUAAAGCAGAUCAAAGGCAUCGAGGACCGUCUGUACCGUCUAGAUCAGCUGCUCAGCGAAGUGAAGAAACUCGAGCGCGACCAGCACGACCAGGCAGCUUCGCUAAUACAGUACCGAGAGCGAUUGAACGCCGCAUGCGACCCGUCAGUAUUGCCAACACUGGUGCAGUCACAUUGGUGCCAACUCGAAAAACUGCUCAAGGGACACCAGACUUUAGUUGAUAUUAGACGACGAAUAUCCAAGUCAAAAGAUGAACUGUCGCAUAUAUUGAAGGCGAGAUUAAAGGCAGUCCUAAUGAUCGAGAACUCGAUGUCGGUGCAGGACGCGCACGCCAUGCUCAGCUUCCAGUGCUUCAACCGUCUGGCGCGGUACUUCGACAUCGUGGCGCAACUGCACCGCGCGCCUGUUGUCUACGUCCGCGCCGUGCACGAGGUCGCGAGGCGGAGGAUGUUCUCGCAGGCGCAUUUGAAGUGGGCAACAGACUUAGCGGCGAAACUAAUAAAAAUCCAUGAAGAAGAGAUCAUACGGCGGCAAGACUUCAACUGCCUGUUCGAAGGGCACUUCCUCAAAAGCUUAUUCCCGGGCAUGACGGAGCUACCGCCGGCCUUCGCCACGCAGUCGCCGCCGGCGUUCGACGCGCGGCUACCGCAGGUCACGGAUGAGGAUGUGGAGCUUAUAGCGACGGCGUUCCCGCAGUUGGCUAAAGAUGUGCCGAAUUACGAUAUGGAGACGACUGUUAAGUUCUUUCAGCAGAGGAUAAGUUCUUCAGAUCACCAGGAAAGAGAUAUUGAUGUCCAAGUAGAUUUUGAGAAGGACUUUGAAUCAGAGACAGACGUAGGCGACUUUGAGCGUCUCAGCCGACAGAGUACAUCACAGAAACAGAGAGUGGACACAUCGACCAUAUGCGUUCCGGACACCAUGGCCGUGUCCACGGUCACUGAGGAUAAUAUGGAUACUCACAAAAUAAAUAUGGAAAGGCUCCAAGACUUCCUCUUGAAAUUAUAUGGCAUAUGUAGAGUUAAUAUUGUCUUAAUUCGAGAAGAACUAGCUAGAUUUAAACAAGAAAUUGACGAACAGAAGAAGUUUAUAAAAGGAAAAUAUAUAGAAAUUUUAGAAGCGUGGCAGAAAGAGAGUGAAGAUAAUGCUUUAAAAUUCCGUGAACAAACGCAACGCCUGACUGUGGACCAUGAGUUAGAACUUAGCGAUAUGAAGGCAGCCCUCAAUGGUAAAGAUGACGUCAUAGAAACUUUAAAGAAAGAAAAGGAAGAAUUAAAAACACUUCACCAAAGUGACAUUGAAAGGUUAGAAACAGAGCACAACAGUACAAAAGAAUUAUUAGAAAAAACUAGAGAGGAGAUUAAGUUGUUUGAGAAGAAGCUAGAAGAGGCUGAUGUUCAGAAACAGAAAGAGUUGAAAGAGGCGCAGGAGAAAAUGCACUUGGAAUAUAAAGCGGAGAUCGAGUCGCUGCGCUCAAGAUAUCGUCUCGUAGCCCUAACAAAUAUGGACCGGUCGCCAUCAGAGUCCAGCCUCGAAAAGAUCGAGCGGUCGGACGUGAUAGAGAUAACGAGUCACAAUGCUAUAGUUAUGCAGACGAAAGAAAAUGCCGAAGUGGAGAAGGAAGAGGCGAUAGCCAAGGUGACAGCCGAGUUACAACAGAAGUUUACUGAGGAGAUCAAUGCGCUCAAGGCGAAGUAUGAAGCAGAGAAACAGAUAACGAUAAACGACGUGACCCGGCGUCUCCUCUCCGAAAAGGAUCGCCAGCUCGACGAACUACGCGAGCGGGAACAUCUACUGUCGCGCGAGUGCUCCAAGUACCGGGACACCAUCCGACAGCUCACAGACCCCGAGACCAACGACUGCGACCCGCUGCUGCGAUCACAAUUGGCGACGCUUGAAAACGAGAAGGCUCUGCUACAGCAGCAAGUUAAAGAUCUGAAAAAGGAACUCGAAAAGAAAUUCGAAGAAGCAGACAAAGCUAAGGAGGAAGACAGCGAAGGAAGGUCGUCGUCGCCGGCACGCGAGGGCAAGAAGCGCGGGCGCUGUCACACGCCGUUCGGUCUGUCGGCCGGCACGCUGAGCCUGUCCUCCUGCCUGCCCGGACACACCGUGCUCGUCAUGUGGGACCCCGACCACUACAACUACACCGUCAUGCAGGAAGCGUCAAUAAUGUACUUCGUGCACAGCGACUGUCUCCCAGCCCUCGACCUCAGCAUACAAGUGAAGCACGAGUCAGAUCGCCGUCUCUACGCCGUGGCCGUCGUCGAGUCCAAGGAGUAUUGCUACGCUAAAAAGAGCGGGAACCGGUACCACAUGCCGCGCGCGUCGCGCUUCUACCGCGUGCGGGUGCGGCCGCUGCGGCCCGCGCCGCCGCCGCCGCCCUGCUGCGACCACAGGCACAAGCCAGAUGUAAUGCAUCGCAGCGCUCUGCCGGUGUUUGGUGAGAAUCGCCCGCUCAAGAAAUGGUUUACCUACAUGCAUGCACCAGACAUGUCAAAGUCGGUCGACACGAGCCAAUCAACAAGCUCGAACACCGACGAAGCCAGCAAAGAGGUCGCCACGGCCACGCUCAUCAACCUGGAGUCUCCCGUGUCCACCAGCGAGAACACGGCGCCCGGCGAGGACCAGCUGGACUCCAUCGAGGCCAACGACCAGUGGCACACUGCGAGGAUGCAGGCUUCAACUGCUAGCGCUCUCACGGACAUGGAGUGCAGCGUGGGGCGCGUGGCGGGGGGGUGCGGGGGGACGGAGCCGCUGGAGCUGGCGGUGGGCGCGGGGUCCGUGGUGGCGCGCGGCGGGCCCGGGCCGCACGAGGAGCUGGCCGAGGAGGCCGCGCCCUGACGCCGCGCCGCACCAGCCCGCCCGCCUGUCGCGCGCCACCAGCCCUAGUGCGGCGACCGAGCCCUGGCUGCUGCUGGGCCCCGUGAGUCACGAGUGAAGCGGUCGAGUGUCGGGAUCGGAUGCGCUCGAGCUUGUCGGCGGUAACCGUAGCCGCGGGUCGCAUUGUGACUUGUGAAGUGCUGUAGUGAGUGGUUUGACGUCGGGCCCGAAAUGAUACCUUCUUGCGAUGAUUCAACCUCGCGGCAGUGUGUGGAAGUGAACCUUGAAGGAUUUUGGGAUUAAAAGCUUGGAAACGGUGAUAAAAGUGGUAAAAAAUAUGUAAUUUCAUAAAGUUAAUUGAUUAUUUCUUGUGGUGCAGGUCCACCUGUGCCUUGCACUGCCAAAUGAAUGUAAACGUCUAUUGUUGCUCUAUAAAUUUGAUGUAAUGUUUGGCGGUGCAAGUACAGUGCGAUACUAGCUAGUGCAGCAAGAAUUACCCGACAAAAACUAAAAUUAAGAUGUUGUCAGAGGGAAAAAUAAAAAUGUCUUCUUAUACCAACCAUGUAAGGAAGAGAGAGAACUAAAUUAUAGCUAUACUUACAAAUCUAAUAUGGAGUGUAUUGUUUGAUUGAUUGUACUGUCAGCAGCAAUAAUACGUGUUUUUACACUUGAAAUAUUACACACCAAUGCUGCAAUGUUUAGAGAUGAGAAAAAUUGCCAAAUCAGCUUUGGGACCUAAAAUAAAUCUUCUUGUACAUCACAAUGCUGAUCUCCUCAAGUGUUGUUUUAUUUACAUAAGAUGAUAUGAUUGACUUAUAUUAGUAAUAUUAGUUAAUAAGUUGCCUUUUUAACUCUAAAACAAUAGCUUCCUUCAAUGAAAAAACAAGUUCUCACAAUGUGUUGGAACAUAUCACAAAUAGUAUUAAGUCCCAAGGUUGGUAUUUAGAUUGAUGAUUUGCAAAGUUACGAUGAUGUCCACCUAUUUGAUGUCUUCCAAGGCCACACGGAGCAUUAAGCUCUUCUAAAUUUUUCCCGAAUGUUAACUCUUAUGUUGUAACAAAUGUAUAAUUACAUUGAGAAUGUUUUUUGAACUCUUUCAAAUUCAAUUAUAAAGCUUAAUGAUAACCUAACUGAGGCGAAGCGUUGCGUAGGUACGUACAUAUGUUCAUACUUAUAUAUGAUACCAAUAAAGCUUUAAGGCUUCAACUGAUACGGACAUUUAGGUGUCACUAAAGUAUUUAACGUCAUACAAAUACUGUAGUAACUAGACACUACAAAUUAUGACCGAUGUUGGGUUUAAAAUGUAAUUUUUAUUUUACGACUGGCAGCUUUCUGCUCGAAUUAUUGUUCUAUCUUUGUAAAAUGGAUUACAUCUCAGUAGUACAAAUUUUAUUAAUUAGUCACCUUAAUAGCUUUACACGAAUUAUUUUAUUCUGCGAUUAUUAUUUGUAACGCUUAAAUAUAUUUGUUUAUUUUUAUAUCUAUGUUGUGUUAUAUUUUAGUUUCAUUUAAAUUUAUAGGUUUUAUAUGAUGACAAAUUUAAGUGUUUAGCUUAUGUUUGUAUUGGACUAGGUUUUAACUCUAUGGUCAUUAGACUAAGAGCUGGGCUAAAAACGGAAAACUAUUUCUGAAUUUAAAAUAGGGGUUCAAAUCUGAAAAUCCAGUCAUAAUUUGACCAAGAUUGGUACAGUUCUUGGUCUAAACAUACUGUAGUGACAAUGUAUUAUUGCACAAAAUUGAAACAUGGUAUCAUCUCGUUUCGAUCUUAACUUUGAUAGACUCUAGACUAUGCAAUAUUAGAUAUGUGUCUAAAUACUGUUAUAAACUAAAGGUCUUAGCCAUAUUCACCCUUAACAUUCUCCUCUUUAUAAGGCUAUUACUAUUGAUACCUAAGUCAUAGUGAUUAUUUAGAAGGUUUACCUUACCUUUAGGAAUUCCACUUACAAGUGUUAGGCUUUCGCAAUGAAAAAGCUUAGAACACUCGAUCUCGCUGCAACUUGAACUCCUUGACUACUAAAUAAGUUCCGACACCCUAGUAAUAGUUUAAUUGAAAUAGAUUUAGAUGUUUGUCGAAGUAUCUACCGAGACAUACUGAACGAGGCACAGGCACUUGCGUCCAAUUGUUUUAGCGGUUCUAAAUAAUAAUAUGGUAGUUCGAAUCGAAGCGCAGAUCUUAGAUGUCGUGUCGUAUAAUAAGGAUGCUUCGUGUUAAAUUUGUUUGUGGCCUUAUUGUAAGUGGCGCCCGCUGGGGGCUACAGGGCUGUCGUUCCCUCCUUUUAUUGAGCGUAUUGCCGCGUGUACUCUAGAAUAAAUGUGGUCUCUAAUUAUAUACAGUUGUAGAUCACCUAUGAGAAGAACCAUGUAAAAUGACUCUAAGUCACCUAACAUAUAAAUUACAUACAGUUGAGUGCGACAUGGGAUGUUUUAGAGUAAGUAAUAGUGUAGGAAGCAACUGAGUAGUAAAACUACCGUUAACAAGGGUGAAUAGGAAUGGUAGGGUGAAUAUAUAGGAAUAACAACCGGGAAUGACAUUUACCUCAUAAUUAGCUCCAUGCAUGAAUUUAUUUUUAUUUUUGGAUUCAUAAUUUAUAUCGUUGGAACACCGGAAAUGAUAAAAAUACUUUUGUAAACCUUAACAUUAUUUUAUUAAAAAAAUAUUUAAAAUGUUGAUAAUUUUUGAGCGGUUGAAACGCUCAUAAUUUUUGACGCGAAUUCGACAGAGCGUGAUGACGUCACACGUUGGGCGGUCCAACUGACGUUUGCUACUAAUAACACUAAUCUGUCGAACGCGUGACGUCACGUGGCGUUUCGGGCGUUUCGCUCACUAGCUUUUCGCGGGCAAAUUUUUGUACUUUUUAUUUAUAAUUUUAAGUAAUUAAAUGGUAAUUUAAAAACGGAAAUGCAUUUGUAACAUGAUAUAACGGUAACAAAGAUCCGAAUAAAACAUAUUUCGUUCAAAUAUAAACUUCAUGCAUGAGGCUAAUUUCCUACAAACUACCCGCAUAAACUGAAUUACAAAACGAUUAAAAAUAAUAGAUUUUGCAUGAUACAAUUUGUGUGGGGUUGAUACAUUUACGGUUUUUAUCCUUAUUCACCCCGUCAUUCCUAUUCACCCUGGUUAAUGUUCCUAAAAUACCACAAGUGUGAGGAGUCUUCUUAGACGCUUCAUAGUCUGAAGUCUGUGUCACAUAUACACAUAUUGGUUUGGCUACGAUAUGCUCGGUAAGAAAGGGAAAUGACAGCCUGUGUCUCUGGCCCGGGGUGCCUGGUGGGCUGGUCGCUGGGCCGGAGACAACCAUCGGCUAUAGCCGACUGCUGUGAUAGUAUGUGCUGUGCUCUCCUCGGUCCCUCGCGCUGUUCAACUAAUACAGCACUUCACUUGAGUAUUCAAUGUAAAUUUCGUAUUAUAAUUUUAGGUCUAAUAUCGCCAGUGGGGCAACUCCUCCUUUCGGGCAUUCUCCAAAGCUCCGUUCGGCUCAGCAUCGCUCCGAGCCAUUAUUAGGGUUGGCACAACUUGACGUCCCUUUGCGUGCACGACCACAGAUAAGAUAAUGAUUUGAAUUUUGACAACCCUAAAUAGCCGAAAGGGAUAGUGCCAUACAUUAGAAAGGGACAGCGUGAUUCGUCCCUGAAUCGCUGUUAAUCUCAUUUUAAUCGGCAAUGUUAAGCUACUUGCAAGUACGUUUUGUAUUAGUUGAACUUAUCGCAUAUUCGGCUCCAGAAAGCAAGAUACGAAAAAUCUCGGAUUGUUAACUUUGUUUUACUGGACUUUGGAACGCGCACUGUAUGUGAGAGUACUGAAACAUAGACAUAGAGUGCGCCGAAGUCUCCCCUGCGAACCAAACUGCCGUAUGGCGUUGGUUACAUGUGAUCAUUGUUGUUAAACCCACGUUGACGAGUUUCAUGUAUUAGGAGGUAAAGUAUUUUAAUCACAUUGUUUUUGUACAUAGUCGUUCAUGAGGUAUCAUUAUUAUUGGAUCGAAAUCGAGCGGUUUAAAUAGAGUUAAGUUAGAGUUGGUAACAGCCAAAUCGUGUUUUGUUUGUGCUGGACACAAAUGAAUAAUUAACAGGGAGGGUUCACGGGUUGGCCGGGCGAUGGCAGGUCACAGUUCUUUCGUUGCGUCAUCGUCGCGUGGAAUGUUUUCGGGAACGUUUUGCGACUGCAAUUGCAUAAUAAAUCUUAUCGUGUGAUCGCUUUAUGGACUAUUUUGUAGUGACCAAUUUUAUCGUUAGAGAAUAAUACAAAUGUAAAAUUGACAAUUUUAAAUGUAAUUUUUAUAUACAAUAAAUAGAAGUUUUUGUACAAA